GCGCGAGUUCCCCAGGCAACCUGGUAGGCGGUCAGGAUCCAUUCCAUUCCCGCCAGCUCACCUCGCCUGGCACUCCGUCGCGUUCACUGCCUGCCAUUCAAUACCUCCAAUACCCGUACAUAGUGAGACCGGCAGAGGAGAAAAGGGCGCAAACCAGGAAAAGUCUCCCAAGGCCAGAAUACAAUUUGCCUACCUCUUGUUUACUUGCUCCGUCUCUUCUCGCCGCCGCUUGGAUAUUUCAUUUGUUGGUGCAGCAGCAAUACUCGACUGAUUAUAUGCCAUCCGAACCCUGCCCGAUCCCCCCGAACGACGCCCGCUUCACCCUUUUCUUCCCUCCUUCACAUACCGCGUCUGCGCCUGCGCCUGCGCCUGCGCUAUCCACCUGCGCGACUCAACUCCAGCCGCCACCGUCAGUAUCGGAAUCCCCGCCUCGAUAUCCAGCUAGACAGACAGACCGACAGCAUACACAGCCCCUAAGACUACCCGCUGUACCGCGCUCUUAACCCCAUUGCGCGUGCGAGAUAGACCGUGCUCCGAGGCGAGCACACGCGGCAGGCGUAUAUAAGCAGACGGAGGGAGGCAUGAACAACUACGCAAGCAAUAGCAUGAACGACUUCCCGGGGCCUAGCAUGCACGGCGCCUCGGCGCGCUCCGGAUCGAGGCCGGGCCAGCGGUACGCGCAACCGAUACGAAACGCCGAGCACGCGGAGCCCUGGGACCAGAUCAGCGAAGAACACCGGAACGAGAUCAACGAUUGUUUCCACCUCUUCGACAUGAACAAGGACGAGCAGCUCGACUUCAGCGAAUUCAGAUACGCGCUGCAGGCGCUCGGCUUCUCGAACCUGUCGCGCUCGGAUCUCAUCGCCGCCUUCAAGACGACGGCGCGGCCGCGAGCCGGCUGGACGCCCCUGCCCCCGAUGCCGAAUCAGCCGCCGCCGAGCGCCGCGCCGGGCGUGGUCGACCUGCGGAUGUCGCGCGAGGGCUUCCAGACCGUGGCCGCGCGGUACGUGGCCGCGCGCGACCCGCGAGAAGAGCUGCUUAAGACGUUCGCUCUUUUCGACCGGGGCGAGAAGGGCUUCAUCACGGUCGACGACCUGCGCUCCGUCGUCAAGGAGCUCGGCGAGGACGUCCCCGACAACGAGCUCCACAGCAUGAUCGAGCAGUUCGACGUCGAGGCCAAGGGCGGCGUAAGUCGCGAGGAGUUCCUGGGCAUCUUCGAUCGGUGACCCUAAUCGGGAACAGCCAAAAAGAGAACGAUGCGGAUGCGCAAGGGUGGGAGAGGGAGACAAAGGGGGGGCUAAUAA